AUGCUUUAUAUAUUUCUACUUGUGAUAUUUGGGCUAACUUUGUUAUUACCAUAUACGGAUACUAACAGCGAAGUGAAAAUCCCAGGAUUAAAUUCUGAAGUCUACGCUCUGGAGGGAGAUAUCAAUAUCGGUGCCUUGUAUAGCAUUACAGACUUCCCUGUAGGGCAGGCCAUGUGUACAAAAAAACUUAGACCGGAGUCAUGGGUCAUCGAGUUCGUAGAAGCGACCAUGUUCGCUGUUAGGAUGGUGAAUGAAAACCCGGAUAUCUUACCUAAUAUUUCUUUAGGGAUAUACAUCGUCGACUAUUGCCGAACACCGAACACGGCAUUAGCCAAAUCGUUGUCGUUUCUGCCUGCUGAAGAAGGCUGUAAUGGAAAUAUAAACUCUACGUCGUUAACAGUUAACGAAUCACGAAUCGAUCAUUACGAUGUGGUUGGUGUGAUAGGAACUUUUUCCAGCGCCGCUACUGUCUUGGUGUCGUAUCUCUACGCCGUGGCGCAACUUCCUCUCGUCAGCUUCACAGCAACUUCUGACGAGCUAAGCAACAAGGAUAAUCACCCUUAUUUCCUGAGAGUAGUCCCCCCUGACGUACAUCAGGUCAAGGCCAUGCUUAAAUUUAUAUCAGACAACGGUUGGUCUUUUAUCUCCAUCGGGUACGAGGAAGGAUCCUACGGAGAAAAGGCUUUAGAUAACGUCAAGCUUUUCGCAGAUAAGUACGGAAUUUGUCUGGCAACGACACAAAAACUCAACUCCAGAACCAACUUCGACGCUGUGGUCACGGAACUGCUGCGAUAUCCUAGAGCCAGAGUGGUUAUCUUAUUCACUGGCGCCACCACAGCUACUGGCGUCAUGCUGGCAGCCACAGCUCAGAACAUUCUCGGUCAUUUUAUCUGGAUCGGUAGCGACGGGCUCAGUGAUAAACUCAUCUACAGAACAGAACUGGCCCCGCAACUUAUUGAAAAUAACGUCAUAUCCGGGUUAUAUUCCAACGAACAGCCACCAGCCUCCGUCUGCAGUCACCCGUGCACUUUUCGGGAAUAUUCCGUGCCCAAAGAGAUCAUCUGCUGCUGGGAGUGUCGCACGUGCCACAGCAACGAAAUCGUCGUCAGCAACCGCACGAGCUGUGACACCUGCGACACGUUCACCUGGCCAGACGAAGCUUCCAACUACACCACUUGUAUUCCAAUCCCACUCACGUUCUCCACGCCAUCCGACACGCUGUCCCUCAUUCAAAUCUGUAUGGCGAUCGGCGCUAUCUUAGCCCAAUGUCUUGUCGUGGCCGCCUACUUCAUCUAUCGCGAGAACCGCGUCAUCAAGGCCGCUAGCAGAGAGCUCAGCAUUCUACAAAUGGCUGGAAUCUUCCUGGGCUACGUCACGGUCAUCGUGUUCCAGACGAGACCGACCCCGGAGACUUGCAGCGCCCUCUACUUCAUGUUCUGCAUGAGCUUCGCCUGGCUGUACUCACCCUUGAUUGUGAAGACUGUCAGGAUUUUUAGAAUCUUCGAGAGCAGCGCCAAGUAUAACCGGCGCCCCCCGUUUGUUAGUCCGCAGUCGCAGAUUAUAUUCGCCUCCGUCUUGAUAUUUUUACAGGUAAAUUAUAUGAUUAAUGUAAUUAUAUCAGGAUAUACAAUCUCAGUAAAUAGUAAGCUCAUAGUUAGCCCACUGACGCAGAUUAUAUUCGCCUCCGUCUUGAUAGUUUUACAGAUAUUUAUCUGCCUGUGUGUUUAUGUCACGUUCAAGCCAACAGCCAAGAAAAGACAACCCGUGGCCACCGAAAAACUUGUAGAACUCUCCUGUGACUUGACCCUACCUGGCCUCGUUUCAUUCCUCGCCUACAACCUCGUUCUCGUCACGCUCUGCUCCAUCUUCGCCUUCAAAACCCGGAAGCUCCCGGAAAACUUUAACGAAUCAAAAUUCAUCUCAAUGUGCGUCUUCACGACACUGGUCAUCUGGCUGUCGUUCAUCUGCACGUACUUCACGGCCAGCAGGGAGUCGGUCAAGAUUCUGCUGCUGUCGGUGGCGUUGCUGUUGAACCACACGGUGGCGCUGGUGUUCCUUUUCCUGCCCAAGAUCUACGCCGCCGUCUACGUGGACCCUGAGACGUUCGUCAGCACGAACGUCCGGACGUCAGCGGGCCAGACGCCCGCCAAUGUCAUGGCCAUCUCUAACAGGAUAGCACCAACUGUGAGAGUUUCACACAGCAACAACUUUCUGCGAGAAUAG